AUGUCGGUACUUGAUACAUUAGCAACACAACUCCCACAAGAGUUACGUGUUAAAUUAAUGCAACAUUUUGGUAUAGCUAAAGAAUACGAAAAAAAUCCACAGACAAUAUCCAUCGCUUAUUAUUGUCUUAUGUAUAUUGCUAAUGAAGCAUUUAAAUUUCCAAAAGAAAAACAAUUUGUUUCAAAUGUACUUGAUUAUCUUGAAACUACAAAACGAAAUAAUCCACAUGAUGAUAUUAUUAAAUCAAUGGCAACUGGUCAAGAAACAAUUGAAGAAUUAGUAACGGUACUUGUUGAAGAAACAAAUGAAGCUGAAGGUGAAGAAAUCAAAAGUCCUGAUCAAUUACGUUUACUUAUGAGAAAACAUUAUACUGUUGGAGGUUUAACUGAUGUUCUUUCCGUUUUCGGACCAGUUAAAGAAGAUUUUUCAACAUUAGGUAAAAUUGCUAAAAAUCGAGCAGUAGCAAUUUUUCGUGAAUUAAAAGCCGGAGGUGGUGGUGGUGGUGGUGGUGCUUCAUCUGGAAUGAGACCACCUGAGAGCAAUACCGGUGCUAAUGCUCCUGCAAUUUCUCCAUCAAAACCACCUGCAGCAUCGGCAUAUCCACAAAUGCCUCAAAUGCCAUCAGCAAAUGCUGCUGCAUCGUACCAUGAUCAAAGUGGAGGCAGUAAAAGUGUUCCAUUCGACGUAAUUAGUCAAGCCCAAAAAUUAUUUCGUUAUGCAAACUCUGCUCUUGAACAUGAAGAUGUAGCUACAGCAAUGAAAAAUGGUGAACAAGCAUUACAAUUACUUCGACCAUAUAAUAAUCAAUUUUGA